GUCUUUUACCCUGGCUGAAGAGUAGAAUUGUGAGCAGCGGAGUGAAGCAGAAUACAUAAUAUCGUGUCAAUAUUAUUAUUGCCAAUCUACUCUGCAGCUGUUUUUUUCUGGGCAAGAAUUAUCUGUUUCUGAGGGAAUCAAUUUUAGUAAUUAUUAUUCCGUCAUGGUGGCUGAGUUAGUUAAUGAAUUAUUAAAACGUGUCACCUCUUUGGAAGAAAUGGUGGCAGAGAUGGCAAAAUGGACACACUUCCCAAUACCAGAAAAAUUUACACUAAACGACUCUACAAUGGUUACCCGUCAGAAUGUGAAAUCCUUCGGAAUGCAUUCCAGAAUUUGGAGACUCGACAAUUUCCAAAAAUAAUAGAGAAUUAGAGAUCGAAUAUGGGAUUAAAAUUGAAGCUGACAUGGAUGAAGGCGUAAUUUCACCUCUGGAAGCAAUCGAUGGAGAAAGUGCUCACUGUUCCGUAGCUCUGGAAGAUAUUUCGGAUUAUUCAAAAGUUUUCGGUCCAGCGACCCCAAAGGUGACACCUCCCUCAAAUCCUCCCACGCUGGUCUUAACGGGCGGCCCAGUACGAGACAAGGGGACAUUUCAAGGAAAGAGACCUCGCCAGGGAAGCGCGGGCAAUGUGGGAUCGUCUUCAAAAAGUACAAUUGAACUUGGCCGUCGUCACAAAGACAGGAUCCGUUUGACGUGUUCCCACUGCCCGCUAUCUUUUCGCGAUAAAUGUGGCCUCGAUUCUCACAUGGUGACGAAACAUUCUGAUAGAACUGGUAAAAGUAACGUAAAGGUUAAAAGUAAUGUAAUUUUUGUUCGUCGUUGUUUUUAUUGUCCUCGAACAUUUUCUGGGAACAAAGAUCGCAUAGCCCAUUGGCUGGCGGAUCAUCGUGAUUUUACAAAAUUUGUAGACGGAUAUAUGUUUCACAUUUGUCCCAUUUGUAAGAAAGAGUAUAAUAGUAGUAAAUUUAGCCGUCACUUUAAAGAAGUUCAUAAUGGUGUUUGUCUUCUUGAAUAAAUUUUAUGAGGAUUUUUAUUUGCGUACGAUAUCGGAUUGGUUGAAUUUAACGAAUAAAAUCUAUCUCUUUAAUAAAUAUUGUACGUUGUGUAUCCAGGAAAUAAUUUCCUGCUGUGAAAUCUUUAAAUAGUCAUGUGUUAUUACAUUGGAAAAUUCCCUUCAUUCAUACAUCUCUAUUUUUAGGAGACGGUCAUAAAAUUUUUACUUUAAGGUUUCGACACAUGAGCGUUUUUUUAUUUAAAAUUGGCACUUAUGCAGCUAACAUCCUAUAUUUUUAUUUUUUUUUACAUAUGAAUAAAUACAUCCGGCUAGUAGACGCAAAUUGGGAAAAGAGUGUUCGUAAAUCAGAACAGAUUGGGAAGCUUACUUUUUGCGAGUAGUAUAAUUCAAUCUUUUUUGAGAAUCAUGAGAUAAGAAUGCAGUUAUUUAUACGCAGGCUGAAGAGUUUCACCUUUCCCAAGAGAAUAUGAGCAGCGGAGUGAAGCAGAAUCCGUGUCGUGUCAAUAUUAUUAUUGUCAAAUUCUGCAGCUGUAUUUUCUUCUGGGUAGGAAUUAAUUCAUGGGAAUUAUUUUAGAAAUUAUUAAUCCGCCUUGGUGGCUGAAUUAGUGAACGAAUUGCUGAAACGUGUCACCUCUCUGGAAGGAAUGGUAGCGGAGUUAGCGAAAUGGACACACUUUCCACCACCACAAAAACCCACAUCACACGACUUGCCAGAGGUUAGUAGUCAGAACGUGAAAUCCUCGGAGCAAUACGUCUUAGAAAUUGAGGAAGAUUCCACAAUUUCGCAAGAUAAUGGUGAAUUAGAGAUCGAAUAUGGGAUUAAAAUUGAAGCUGACGAGGACGAAGGAGUAAUUCCACACGAUAUAAUUUCACCUUUGGAAGCCAUCGAUGGAGAAAGUGCUCACUUUUCUGCCGCACUCGCAGAUAUUUCGGAUUAUUCAAAAUUUUACGAUGCACCGACCACCAGCCACCAGGAACAAUUUGACCAUCAGUCACAGGUGACACUUCCGACAAAUCCUCCUCCACAAUGCCAAAUCUUGACUGGCGGCCCUAUCCGAGAAAAUGGAAAGGAGGCUUUUGCAAGGAAAAGAUCUCAUGCCGAGGUGGAGGACGACGACGGGGAAACGGGCGAUAAUUCAGGUCCUGUCAAGGAAUCGCAAGCGCCGGACAAUAACGGGAGUGUUACCGCCGCAGAAAAAUUGUCUGAUUUUACGUGCCCCAACUGCGGGAAGAAAUUCGUCAUAAAGGGUGAUGCGAGGAGUAACAUCAAUGCGGUAAUCCAUGUCAAUGCAUGCCACAGGCAUGCCUGCAAUCUCUGCGACAAGCGGUUCAGGUUCAUAUAUAUUUUGGACAAGCAUCUCAUCGAUGUGCACGGUUGCGAGGGGAAACUUGAACUUGAUAAGCGGGAUGAAAAGUUGUGUCGAAAGGAAGAAAUCGGCCGUCAGCGCAAGGAAGCGUGUCCCUUUAAAUGUGAUCACUGCCCACAAACUUUCCCCGACAAUUGUGCCCAGCUCUCUCACAUGGUGUCGACCCAUCCUGAAGUUUCCUACCCGUGCAAGAUCUGUGGUAAAACGUUCCGCUUUGACAGCAUGCGAAAUCAACACGAGAAGUCGCACGCGAAAUUUGAGUGCAAAAUGUGCAAAAAAUGCUUUGCCACAAUGCGUAAAUUGAAGGAUCAUGUGGAAAGACAUGAGGCUGCCGAAUUUAACAAGAAUAGAGAGAAAUCGCACGAGUGUGAAUUUUGUGGUAGGAAAUAUUUCUUGAAGGAAAGUUUAGAUUUCCAUGUCGAAUCGAAACAUGGGAAGUUAGGGAUGUUUGUUCUGAAAUGGAGAAGAGAAGAAUUGUGUAAUUUCUGAUUCGUUGCAGAUUUUAAUUUUCUUUAGUGAAUAAUUAGAUUGAAGGUUAAAGUUUUCAACUAGCAAUAAUCGCAACUCGGUAAAACCUCAUCGUUUACGAUACUGCCACUGCGCAAAGAUGGUUUCUCUAACCUUGGUAGUUAGUUGGGGGAUCCGAACUAUUAUAGCUACUGAGGUGAAACCCUGAGUUACUACAGCCACGGUAUACUGUAUAGAUAGGGAGUCUGCAAUAAGCAAUAACUUGCUAACGCAGCUGGGCUGACUCUGUCAAACCACCCUACAAAGUACAUACAUACAUACAUAGAUUGAAGGUUAAAAUUAGGUAAAAAAGCUGUCUGUGGAUUGAAUCUACUUUAAGAAUAUAGAAAUCAAUAAUUUAUUGUUUGCACUGGUAAAUAAAAAUGAGGUAUUAUUUGUGUAUUUAGAUAUUUUAAAUUAUGGGAUUUUUUUAUUUAUUAUUAUUGCGGGUGAAGUUUUGCAUUUUAGUUGAGUAAAAUCACAACCGAGUUGGAAAUAAUGCCACAUCGAUAAUUGAGAUUCAUGCAAUUACGAAUUCCUGAUAGGAGUUAAUUUGUAACUUGGCCGAUUUUUAGCAUGAAUCUGAAUAUUAGAAUGCACAGCGCCCGAUCUGCCAGAUAGGCUCUUAAAACCUUCUGAAAAGGGUUGGCAAGGUCGGCAGAGAGUUGGGGUUUUUGCCGCAGCUAGCCCGAUGAUUUGCCGGCCGUCUUUUUUCAGUCGGCGUUGAGGCAUUUUUUCAGGCUAUCAACCGACUUAACGACGUGGAUGGGCCACUCGCUUGUGCCGAGGGUAAUUAGAUUGCAGAAACUGCAUCUUUUUACGUACGGGCAAGCUCCGGCCCACGGUACGACGGGGUAUGCGCAGACCGGUCGAGUCGCAGCGCCAGCCACACUUUGCCUCCUCACCAUGCUCUCUCUCAGCCAGUCCGCCAUUAUACUCAGUCGGUGCAGUCGAUUUAUUUUUUAAUUUUCUCUUGAAAUAUGGUAAAAUUAGUCGUUGUGGUAUUUCUGGACGAGCAAAAUGCUGUUGACGUCAUCUCUUCAACAUGGAUUUUGCCAUCAUUAAGCGAAGGUCAAAAUAAUCAAGAACAAUUGUGCAGAUAUCCACCAGCAAAAGUGAGGGGGGAGAAAUUAGCAAAAUUGUUGACAAACCAUAGUGCCCCUUCUUCCGAUUGGUUAAUUUGCUCCUGCAGGGUGUUGGGUGAAUAUGAAAUCUUUCUACAGGCCAGAGAGGCAUCCAUAAGGGCUGAAGAGACUUCAAAUCUUGAACCGUCAGUCAUCGAUGCAGCGGACAGUCGACGUCAACGACAGAAAAAAACUAGUGAAGGAAAAGCAGAAAAUUAAAACGCGGAAGCCGUUAGUUAAGUAUCCCACACCAAACAGUUCCAGUGAUGAGUCAGGAACAUUUGAAAGUAACCAAGUGACCUCGCCAAUUUCAAGUUCAUCAAAAUCCCAGUUCCAAUUAGUUGCAGUCAAUAAUAAUGAGAAUCCAGAGAAAACAUGUGACCGUCAAGAGAAUAGCCAAGUCGAAGAAUAUUUUGUAGAGGAUAACGUGCUGCGACGACUGGAAUCAACAACAACCCACAACCCGGAUAUUGCUGGAAUUGAAAGUGGUGAAACAAAAACAAUUACUCACCUGCUAACUGAGUUCCAAGAAGAAAAUAGGAGUAUGAUUCCAACAAAUUGUUAUUGAGAAGCUUAUUCUAAUCAGUAACAAAGUAAAGUUGAGCAGCCUAGGAACAACUCAACGCAAAACAGCCGCGACUUUGGUGGGUGCGCCGGCGCUGCCUCUUAAUAACAAGGAGGAUCUUGCCUUGCUCAACAACUGGCUAGUCAACGACCAGAAUAAGGAAUCGAUGGUUGAAUCCCUUAGCCUACACGGUGGUCACAAUAUAUCAGCAGUCACGUCAAGUAUUUUGAGAGAAAUUUUUACCAAAAAAUUUGCAGAGGAGGUAAGCUUCACUGGAAAGGGAUCCAAAGCUGUUUGUGGCAUCAAAAACUCGGAUAUAUACAAAGUUAUUAUUAGAUCGGUUAGAGCUAACGAGGGAUUCGAAACAUCGACAGAUUCUAAGAUCAAGCAGGCGAUUAUUAAUUGGUUGAAAAACGCAUCUGAUAGAGACGGCGGCAGGGAAAUUCGUCGCCAGCGCAAUCUCACAAUAUGAACUCAAAAUCAUCCAGGACGGAAAGACGGCGACGACUGAAUGAAGCCACCAAACUAAUUGAGUUAAUAAGAUCUCGUCCGUUAAAAAUAGGUCCGACUCCAAAAGUAUUGUUAGGUAACGCUAAUGUAGAUAUACUAGUAGAUGAAGAUUCAAACAUAGCUGAAGAUGUACAAAUUGAAAUUAUUGAUAAUAGUGAAAUAGAAAGGCACCGUAGAAAUCCACCAAGCUUAUCUUUACCAGAUAGUCUUCGAGUGUGGGCAACAACCCACAAUGUUACUCACACAUCUGUAAGAGAUCUGAUUAGUAUUUUAAAUCCUCAUGUAAAUAACAUUUUGCCUUUAGAUCCACGAACUUUAAUGAAAACACCUCGUAGUAUUAAAGUAGAAAAAAUUGGGGGUGGAGAGUUCGUUUAUUUUGGUAUUCGAGGUGGAAUUACUAGACUUCUAAAUCAAGAUUUGACUUAUUGUAACUUUCCAAUCGUAGCUAAAAUGCAGGCAGAUACUAGGAGGCGGAUUUUGUCGAUUUCCGUUGGAAUUGAUGGAGUUCCGAUCAGCAAUAGUAGUACUAAAUCAUUUUGGCCAAUAUUAGGUAUAUUAAAUCAAGCAAAAAUGUCUCCUCCUUUCAUUAUAGGUAUAUUUUGCGGUAUGUCAAAACCUACCGAUACAAUAUUUUUAAAGAAAUUUGUUGACGAAGCAUUAGUUAGAAAAUUUUGGUAUAAGUUUUGGUUCGGUCACAUAUGAUUUCAAAAUUUCUUGUUUGAUUUUAGAUGCGCCUGCACGCUCUUUUGUUAAAGGUUGCAAACAACACAAUAGUUACAAUUCUUGUGAGCGUUGUGUGCAAGAAGGCGAAUGGCUUGGAAGGGUUAUACUUAGGGGAUUAAAUUGUGAAAAUAGGACCGAUGAAGGUUUUCGAAGUCAAGUGGACCCAGAUCACCAUACUCAUAAUACUGAGCUUUCUAGACUGUCUGUAGGAUUAAUUUCUCAAGUUGUCCUCGAUCACAUGCACCUUGUUUUUUUGGGCGUUACAAGAAAAUUACUUUCCAAAUGGGUCAAAGGUAAACUACCACACAGAUUAAGUUCUUUCGUUGUCUUAAAAUGUUCACGGAAUUUACUUCAACUUAGACCUUUCAUACCAAAAAGUUUUCAACGUAAACCUAGAGCGUUGGCCGAGUUAGCCCAUUUUAAGGCUACAGAAUUUAGAUUAUUUUUGUUAUAUACUGGAAUUGCUGUUUUAGGAAAAAUUCUCCCUGCCGAUAAAUUUAAAAACUUUUUAAAACUUCAAGCAGCAAUGUUUAUAUUAUUAUCACCAAGUGCAAAUACAAAAUCUUGGAAUGACAUAGCUAGAGCGUUGUUGAUCCAAUUUGUACAAGAGGCGGGGAUUAUUUAUGGCCUAGAAUUUAUAAUUUAUAAUGUGCAUUCUUUAAUUCACAUUUGUGAUGAUGCAAUGAAUUAUGGAAAUUUAUCUAAUGUUAGUGCAUUUCCGUUUGAAAACUUUAUGCAGAAACUAAAGCGAAUGUUACAUUCUAAAAAUUUUCAUUUAAAUCAUGUAGCGAAACGUGUAUCGGAAUUAGAAUCAAUUUUAGUUGAUAAUAGAUUGAACGUCACUUAGCGAGAUGUUAUUAGAUUUACUAAUUAUAAGUAUGAUAAUUGUUUUUGUUUAAAUGAUGGGAAGUGUGUUUUGUUGAAACAGCUAAUUGAUUCAAAAUCUGGUAUGUUCUAUAUGGUUGACAAAGUUUGUAAAUUUCCCGAUUAUCCCUUUAAUAGCUUAUUUAUCAAUAUUUUCAUAGCUAAAGUGUCAGUAGUAAUUAUAAAAGUAGAUAUAAUUGAUAUUCGUAACAAAUGUAUACUAUUACCUAAUAAAAAUAUGUACUUAUGUUUACCUCUUCUGCACACUAUGCAAUAAAUAAUUGAGUUUA